AUGGCAAGCAACAAGAUCGAUAUUCACGAAGCGGCACGAGAUGGAAACCUGGCCGAGGUAAGAGCCUUCCUGAAAGCCGGGGGCAUCAUAGACAAGAGAGACCCCGAUCGAUGGACCCCGCUGAUGCUGUCGGUCAGAGAGGGACACCUUGAGGUUGCUAGACAGUUGCUCCGAAGUGGGGCGGCGCUGGAGGCGAAAGACGGGGAUAAGUGGACUGCGAUGCACGUCGCGGCUGCCAACGGUCAUCCGCAGUGCUGCCAGCUGUUGCUGGACCGAGGGGGAAACCCUAGGGCCGUCGACGAGAACAGGCGCACGCCGCUUCAUUGGGCUACAAGAUACGGCUACGCUGCAGUCGUGGAGCUGCUCCUCAAGCGAGGGGCAGACGCCAACUUCAAGGAUGCCGAAGGGAAGACGCCGGGCGACGUGGUAGGAAGCGACUUGAGCGAGGACUCUCGAGAGAUCGUGCGCACCCUGCUGAAAGAGCACGCCGCGAGAGUGAAGAACACCAAGCAGCGCCGAGGGUCGUGCCCGGCAAUACCCCGAACGUUGAUGGCAACUGCUGUACACGCCACGGGCACCGGAACAAUGAACGGCGCGUCGGUCGCGGCAGCGGCACCACUACUGCUGUCAUCGCCAACAGCCCCCUCGCACAAACCUGGUGCCCUUCUCCCACUACCUUCUGUCGUGGUAACAAACAAAAACGCUGGAGAGAUCGAUGCCGAAACAGCCGUCCAUGGGGCAAAUAGCAACCAGGCGGGGGGCCAGGCAACCAGGCGCAUUUCCUUCAGCGCGGCUGAUCGCAUUCGGGACCACUCGCCAAUGGGGAAAAACCAAGGGCGAUGUGCUGAAAUUUCGUCGGCUGCUGCUCCUGCUACCGCCACUGCUGAGGAAACCAGUGUUUCCCCAGUGACGCCGCUCACCACGAGUGUAGUAGGGUCACCGUCGAGGGCAACGUCUACUCCGGGCCAAACGCCGGGACGAGCGUCGGACCCAAAAAAUUGUGUUCCUACAACGGGUGGUGCCACUACUAUGACCGACACCGCCGGGGGUGUUGGGUCUACAGCAGAGGAUCAAGACAAAGGGUGCAGGGAUAACAAGAAUGAUAGCGAGGUCUUCGCGCUUAGGCAGGCCCUGAAAGCCGCGGAAGAGCGAGGACGAGCAUCGGAGAAUUCCCUGUCUCAACUUGAAGAGAGGAGGCUCAGAGAAGAGGCAAGGGCGCAGCGCUUAGAAGCCCGCGUCGCUGAGCUGGAGAAGAUGUUGUCAGAACAACCAAGAGAGCGGUAG